AUGGCCGACCACCGCAGCAACCAAGGCCACGACUUUGCCGAGGACGAGGAAGAAGAGACGAUCAGCGCCGACCUCGGCGGCAGCUACGAAGAGAACAAGCUCGACGAGGCCAUGGGCGUCAUCCAGGACGUGCUCAUCGACCCGAGCUUUGUCCAGAUGCAAAACGACUUUUGCGAGACGCAUUGCGACUGCUUUGACGACGCGAGCGAGAACAAGCUCAUCUACAUGGACCUCUUCCGCGAGUACACCAACUUGAUCGAAAACUUUCUCGAGGCGCGGCUGAAAGAAGCCAUCGACGACUUUAGCAUGGACGCGCUCUGCAGCAUGAUCCAAGAGCACGAAGACGAAAUGACGGGCGACGUGAUCGACGUGCUCAUGAGCUGCGCCGACUUUGACGAGUUCAAAAGCCUCAUGCUCAGCUACAAGUCGCACCAAGCGACGCUUUUCCAGAUUCACGGCGACAGCUUGGUGUGCGGCUAG